AUGGACCCAGUUAAGUACAUAUUUGGAAAACCCACUCUCAUUAGAUGCAUCGCUCAGUGCCAGGUUUUGCUGUCAGAAUUUGACAUUGUUUAUGUCACUCAAAAGGCAAUAAAGGGGAGUGUCUUGGCAGAUUACCUGGCUCAACAGGCUAUCAACGACUACCAACCUAUGCAUCCAGAAUUUCCGUAUGAAGACAUCAUGACCUUGUUUGAGGAGGAGGUAGAGAACAAAGAUAGGGACAAAUGGAUUGUGCGGUUUGACGGCGUGUCUAACACACUAGGCCAUGGAGUUGGGGCAGUUUUGGUUACCCCCGACGAUCAAUGUAUACCCUUCAUGGCUAGAUUAAGUUUUGACUGCACGAACAAGAUGAUUGAGUACGAGGCGUGCACCCUUGGGAUCCAAGCGACAAUUGACUUCAAGGUCAAGUCGCUCAAGGUAUAUGUGGACUCAUCCUUGGUAAUCCACCAGUUGAGGGGAGAAUGGGAGACCAGGGAUCAUAAGUUGAUACCUUACCGGCCUUACAUCAGAAAACUAAUAGAGUACUUCAAGGAUGUAUACUUUCACCAUAUUCCUAGAGAGGAGAACCAGAUGGCCGAUGCCCUUGCCACUCUGGCGUCCAUGUUCCAAUUGACCCUGCCUGGGGAUUUUUUGUACAUCGAGUUUAGAUGUCGCGGCAAGCUUGCACAUUGCUGUUUGGUAGAAGUGCAGCAAGAUGGUAAGUCUUGGUACUUCGAUAUCAAGCGAUAUAUUGAAGACAAGGAAUACCCACAGGAGGUCUCCGAAAACGACAAGAGAAUGUUGCAGAGGUUGGUAGUCGGCUUUUUCCUAAGUGGAAAUAUCCUAUACAAGAGGAACCAUGAUACGGUUUUGCUCCGGUGUGUGGAUGCCAGGGAGGCUGAGCAGAUGCUAGUGGAAGUGCAUGAGGGAUCCUUUGGAACACCUGCCAACGGACAUGCCAUGGAACGAAAGAUGUUGAGAGAUGGGUAUUACUGGCUCAUUAUGGAAAACAAUUGUUGCAUCCAUGUGAGAAAGUGCCACAAGUGUCAGGUCUUGGCCGAUAAUGUCAAUGCUCCACCUGAACCUUUGAAUGUCUUAGCAGCGCCUUGGCCGUUCCCUGUGUGGGGCAUAGACGUGAUUGGAGCUAUUGACCCCAAAGCUUCGAAUGGACAUCGCUUCAUUUUGGUCGCCAUUCACUACUUCACCAAAUGCAUUGAAAUGGCUUCGUACACCAGUGUGACUAGGAGUAUGGUGGUUAGCUUUAUCAAAAAAGAGAUAAUUUUCCGGUAUGGAUUGCCCAGGAAGAUUAUCAUUGAUAACGCCACCAAUUUGAACAAUAAAAUGAUGAACGAAAUGUGUGAGGAUUUCAAAAUCCAACACCAUAAUUCUAUGCCUUACAAGCCCAAGAUGAAUGGGGCAGUUGAGGCUGCUAAUAAGAACAUCAAGAAAAUAGUUCAGAAGAUGAACAUGUCAUACAAGGAUUGGCACGAGAUGCUCCCUUUUGCACUGCAUGGUUAUCGAACCUCGAUGCACACAUCAACUGGGGCAACCCCUUUCUAUUUGGUAUAUGGGAUGAAGGUUGUGCUUCCGUUUGAAGUGGAGGUUCCCUCUUUGAGGAUUCUAGCCGAAUUAGGGUUGGAGGAGUCGGAAUGGGCCCAAACUCGCUUUGAUCAAUUGAAUCUUAUAGAAGGUAAGAGGUUGGCUGCCAUGAGCCAUGGACUACUGUAUCAACACCGAGUAAAGAGUGCUUUUGACAAGAAGAUGCACCCAUGCAAGUUCAGCGAGGGGGAUCUCGUCUAG